GGCUGCGCCUGAAUACGACAAGCGGCCUCGAGGCGCUGUUCGCGCACGAACUCUUCAGUCUUUUUGCUUCCCAUUUUGUACCGUACAGUACGUCCACCGAAGUACUGACGUUUCGCUGUGCCAUCGCAUGGCCGACGUGUGCAUUCCGAGGUUCACUUUCGCGUGGUACCCGCUGUGUCACAAGUAUCACUUUUAAAACGUAACACUUGUGGCAAACAUCAACAUACUGAUCUCAAAAGAAAAAUUCCUAGAUCCGGCUUUCACGUCGACGUGGACCACCUUUCCAGGCUUUGUCCCGUUGGUGAUAAACGAUUAAUUUAGUAGCAACUCAUAAGCCGCGACCACGCGACACAACGCGCAGCUAUGUCCAACGAGGAGACUUCCGCCGACCGCAAUGUCGAAAUCUGGAAAAUCAAGAAACUUAUAAAAAGUCUCGAAAUGGCUAGAGGAAACGGGACUAGCAUGAUUUCACUAAUUAUCCCUCCAAAAGAUCAAAUAUCAAGAGUAAGCAAAAUGUUAGCAGAUGAAUUUGGUACAGCAUCAAAUAUCAAAUCUCGUGUAAAUAGAUUGUCUGUUUUGGGUGCAAUUACGUCUGUACAACAUAGGCUAAAACUAUAUACUAAAGUGCCUCCAAAUGGCCUGGUGAUAUAUUGUGGUACGAUCGUAACAGAAGAAGGAAAAGAAAAGAAAGUUAAUAUUGAUUUUGAACCUUUUAAGCCUAUUAAUACUUCUCUUUAUCUUUGUGAUAAUAAGUUUCAUACUGAGGCACUUACAGCAUUACUUGCUGAUGAUAACAAAUUUGGUUUUAUUGUCAUGGAUGGUAAUGGAGCAUUGUUUGGUACACUACAAGGAAAUACUCGCGAAGUUCUACAUAAAUUUACAGUAGAUCUUCCCAAAAAGCAUGGCAGAGGAGGACAGUCAGCACUUCGUUUUGCUCGGUUGCGUAUGGAAAAACGACACAAUUAUGUUCGAAAAGUCGCAGAAGUAGCUACGCAAUUAUAUAUUACUAAUGAUAAACCUAAUAUUGCUGGCUUAAUUUUAGCGGGUAGUGCUGAUUUUAAAACAGAACUUAGUCAAUCAGAUAUGUUUGAUCCAAGAUUACAAGCAAAAGUUAUAAAAUUAGUAGAUGUUUCAUAUGGUGGUGAAAAUGGUUUUAAUCAAGCUAUUGAAUUAGCUGCUGAAUCUUUGCAAAAUGUAAAAUUUAUCCAGGAAAAAAAAUUAAUUGGUCGUUAUUUCGAUGAAAUUUCGCAAGAUACAGGAAAAUAUUGUUUUGGUGUAGAAGAUACUUUAAGAGCAUUAGAAUUAGGUAGUGUAGAAACUCUCAUUUGCUGGGAGAAUUUAGACAUUCAACGAUAUGUUUUAAAAAAUCAUACAAAUGCAGAAGAAAAGGUUUUACAUCUAACACCAGAACAAGAAAAAGACAAAACUCAUUUUACUGAUAAAGAGAGUGGAGUAGAAUUAGAACUUGUAGAAUGUCAGCCUUUGCUUGAGUGGUUAGCAAACAAUUACAAGAGUUUUGGUGCCACUUUGGAAAUCAUUACAGAUAAAUCUCAAGAAGGUUCUCAAUUUGUAAGAGGUUUUGGUGGCAUUGGAGGAAUCCUCCGCUACAAAGUUGAUUUCCAGUCACUGCAGGCUGAUGAGCCUCUUGAUGAUGUUGACCUCGAUGAUUACUAAUUUCAUCUGUGAAAUACUCAAAGUUGACCAGCUUGCAUAUUGGGAAAGGUAUAUUGCGGUACAAAGUGGACUUUCAGAGUAUGCAGUUGGAAGAUGUUGAAGUUGAUACUUUUGAUCUGGAUGAUUAUUAAAUCUGUGACUCAACAGACAGUUAUUUUAGCUUCAGAGGAAAACAUAAGUAUAUGUUCUCCCUUGCAUCAUAUUUCAAGAGAGGCACAUAGAAGGACAUGUUUAUAAAAUUUAUUAUAUGAUGCAACACACACAUUAUGAAAUUAUUCAUUAGAUUUCAUUCAAGCAAUUCAUAGUCGAUACACAAAGGUGAAAAGCACAAGACGUGACGCGCCGAUAAUCCAUGUCCAUGAUGAAAAAAAGGCAACUCGAAGACUGUGACACUUAAUUAAGCCAGCUUGAUACCUGCCUAUCUCACACAACAUUAUCUUGUAUUACAGUUACAUUCUUUAAUUAUUCACAUGGAUUUAUUUAAAUAAUAAUUACACGCGUUACAGUGCUGAAUAUGUUUGUACAGUACACGGUUGGAGAUAUAUCAUAAUUUUGUAACAAAUUAAUGUUAUCAUCUCGUCGUAAAUUUUACAAUUGAGAAGAAGAAAAAAACGUAAAAAGAUACUCAAAUAGCAUGAGGAUGAAUGUAGCGUUAUUUUUGUUCAGAUACAAUCAUGGAUAAGCUGUAAUAAACUGAUUAUCAUGAACAUGAAGUUGCGUAUCGUGUAUUCUAUACCGAUUACUAAAUUCAUAUGAAUAAUGAAGAGUUCUGUAUAUAGACUUAAAUUUUUAAUGGCACUGUUGCCUUAGACAUAAGUUAAGAUCGCGUAAUAUCCCAGGAAAAUAAAAUCUUUCCGUCUCAUCGAGUGAUACACAUAUAAACAUAUAAGAAAUAAUUUUUCGUAUCUACAUUAACUUUGCUGGCUCUCGACUCUUAUAUUUUGUACACUCAUAAUUGUAUAUAACAAAUUCUCCGCAAGUGUAUCGAGAUAUAUCUUUUCGAUUGUUACAACGGUGCACUCUAUUAGUAAAGAAGUAUCUUCUGCAAUAUUUAAGUGGCAGUUAUUGAAAAUAUUACAAAAUUUAUUUUAACAUUGUUAAUUUAAAUUGCUUAUUCAUAUGAUGCCUUUGUAAUAAAUAAUAAUAUGUAUGUAUAAAUGUGAGAAGAAUGAAACGUGCAAUUUUGGUGAAGUAUCUUUUAUGAAAUAUCGCUGUAUAGUAAAGAAAGGUUUGCAAAUAUUGUGAAUCUUUUGGUGAAAAUAAUGUAUUGUUAAUUAAUAGUAUAAUUAGAUUAUUUAUACUAUUACAACGUAUGUGAUGCAGGGAUAAAGCUUUAUGAAAACUUCAUCAAAAUAGAACGUUCAACAAAAAUGACCUGGCUUAUGGUAUGUGCACAACGAAUUCUAAACAUGAUGGUUUAAAAGUAUUGUAUCUGUGUAUUGUCUUCAAGGCAGCGAAAUGUUGAAUGUCAGCUUAAUGUUUCUUUAAAUUUUUAUAUGUAAACAUUCUUUCAAUAGGAAUCUAGAUAAUUAUUUAUUACUAUAUCGGUGCGAUUAUUUCUUCUGUUUAGCAGAAGAUUAUUUUAAGUAUACAAGAUUUAGUUCUAUAAUAAUUCGGUAAAUGUCUGAAAGAGAUUAGGGAAAAUCUGCGUAAUAUUAAAUAAUCUUU